AUUUGUUAAUACAAAUUUCAGUGGCAAACGAGUAAACAACAUGGAAUGGUGCGUUCUGCUGUGCUCAUUCCUUCUCCUGGGAUUUGUGCCCAUACAAGCGGACGUGGACCAAAGCACGCUGGCGGCUCUGCAGAUUCACAAAAAUCUGAAUAGAUCACAAGAGGCCUGCACGAAUUUCUGGAACUAUGCCUGCGGGAAUUAUUCAGCUGCCGACGGCGCCAAGUAUGUGGAUAACUUUGAGCUGGUGGAGGAUCUGUACGCCCAGGCCAUGGUGGAGUUCAUGGAGGGUGACCUGGAGCUUGUGGACAGUGAUGUGCAGUUGAAUGAAGGACCAGCGCUGCGUUUGUUGGCCCAAAUGCGAGCCUAUUACAAUGCCUGUACCAAUGAUUCCCAAACCGAUUGGCCAGAGGAAGAUUUUCGUUUGCUGGAGUCCAAUGACUGGGCGCUCGAAACUGCCAAGUUCCGCAGGCAUGGAUUGAAUGCGGUUUUCUUUGACGAGCGCGUAGAUGUGGCCUACAACGAUUCGCUGCGUUCGGUUGUGCAGCUCAAGAUGCCAGAUCCCAGCAGCAGCUACAGCGAGCGGUGUGCCCNGCCCAUACAAGCGGACGUGGACCAAAGCACGCUGGCGGCUCUGCAGAUUCACAAAAAUCUGAAUAGAUCACAAGAGGCCUGCACGAAUUUCUGGAACUAUGCCUGCGGGAAUUAUUCAGCUGCCGACGGCGCCAAGUAUGUGGAUAACUUUGAGCUGGUGGAGGAUCUGUACGCCCAGGCCAUGGUGGAGUUCAUGGAGGGUGACCUGGAGCUUGUGGACAGUGAUGUGCAGUUGAAUGAAGGACCAGCGCUGCGUUUGUUGGCCCAAAUGCGAGCUUAUUACAAUGCCUGUACCAAUGAUUCCCAAACCGAUUGGCCAGAGGAAGAUUUUCGUUUGCUGGAGUCCAAUGACUGGGCGCUCGAAACUGCCAAGUUCCGCAGGCAUGGAUUGAAUGCGGUUUUCUUUGACGAGCGCGUAGAUGUGGCCUACAACGAUUCGCUGCGUUCGGUUGUGCAGCUCAAGAUGCCAGAUCCCAGCAGCAGCUACAGCGAGCGGUGUGCCCUGCAGCUCCUUAAACUCAAUCACUCUGGCAGCGAGGCAGAAGUCUCCAGGCUGGUGGAUCAGCUGCGUCAACUGGAAGCAAAGCACCGCCAAGAGGAGCCUCUGGUGCAGUCCUGGACACUGGCGGAUCUUGAGCAGAAAAUACCACAAAUCAACUGGCAGGCGUACUUCCACGAGCUGCUUUCGGGUCAUCUGAACGGCGUGCUUUUCGAGGUCAGCGAUGUGGAUUACUUGCGUGAGCUUGGCCAGCAGUUGGGAAAUACCAAUAGAAGCACCAUUAAUCUCUAUCUGCGUCUGCGUCUCACCGUUCUGCUGAAGCAGACGGGGCCCGCCAGGCGCAGUCCCAAUACAUGCAUUCACCACAUGCGAGCCCUGCUGCCCUUGGGCAUGAACUACCUGUACAAUCGUUAUGUGUACAAGAACAGGAACCUGGUGGACAACAUUCAGCUGCUGGAGAUCUUCGAAAGCCUGAAGGGUAUGUUUGGCAAAUACCUGGAAGCCAAUCGCCUGCAGCUAAGCCCAGCCCAACUGUCGUACGUGAGGGAGAAGCUGUCGACCAUGAAGCUGAAAGUGGGAAAUCUGCCAGAGGAGACGUCACCUGCAUUCUAUGACAGCCACUAUGAAAGUGCCAAUUUCUCGGACUCUCAUCAUCUGAGCAAUGUCCUCGAGGCGCUGAGUUUGCGCACCCGACUCCAGCACGAUGUGCUCCGGCUGCCACACUCCCGAUUGGAUCUGCGCCGCUACUAUGUCAACGAUGAUGUGGUCAAGGCUCGUACCUCGCCCUUCUACGAGAACGAGCGGAACACGAUUACGGUGCCCUUGAUCUUUCUGCAUUUUCCCCUCUUCGAUCACCGCCAGCACUCCAUUUUCCAGUACAGCUUGAUGGGAGGUGUCCUGGCCCACGAGCUGAGCCACGCCUUUGAACACGAGGGCAUCCUCUUCGAUGCCGAUGGCAAUGAGUCGCCAGUGGGAUUGCAGAUUCGGGACACAAAAGCCUUCCAGAAUGCCAUCAAGUGUGCGGCCCAGACGCCCGCAGUGUCGCUGAAGGAGCGCUUGGCCGAUCUCAAUGGCCUCCAGCUAGCCUACGAUACCUUUUUCGGAUUGGAUCACAACUCCCAGCUCUACACAUAUCGUCCCUAUGCAUUUGAGAGCGAAUUCCAAGCACCGCAGCUGUUCCACCUUAGCUACGCGCAGUUCUUCUGCGGUAUCCUGCCGCCGGUGCUCGGUCAUGACAGGGACGAUGUGCGUGUCAAUGUGAACGUUGCAAAUUUACGUCAAUUCUCAUUGGAUUUUAAGUGUCCCCCGCCAGCAGUGCAGUCGCCUCCUGUGUGUGAAUUGUGGCGCCCGACAGCAUCAUCUAUUUUGGUUUCAGCUUAAGUACUCAAAUCAAUAAAAAGUAACACAUUGUCCAUGUUGAUCGACUGCUUGAUGCCAUGUAA